AGACGUCUCGCCCAGCUGCCAAAAAUCUAGUGCGGAUCGGAAAAAGUAGACACAGCCUGCGGGAACCUGUGCUUUUACCUGUGAAAAUUAAUCGCAUUCUCAAUUAGCAAAUCGCCGGAAUCCAGUGACUGGUGCUUCGGGAGCCACAAUGCUGGCAGCCAAGUUCAAAGGGCAGCCAAGACGAUGACAAGUGGCCUUUGUACACUCAAAGUCGCGAAAAUAUAUGCACGGCCAGCACGCAGGAUACAUACAGACGGAGCGAAGGCAAAUCUGCUUUUAGGUCACACAAAAGGCUCUCGCAGCAGCAGGACGAGCAUCAAUAGGAGCGAGGACCAAGGAGUUCCAAGAACGAGCCAACAACACCCAAAUUGAUGACAGCCGAUUCGAGCCAAGGGAAUUGAUCAGCAGUCGCGAUGCCCUCUCGUCGCGGUGGUGGUGGCACCACCAAGAGAAAGCACUCGCUGGGUAACCUGCGACGGGCUCAUCCCGCCUCCGGAGCCACAUGGAACGUCCAGGUGGUGCGGGGCAAGAUGUCCUCGAAGUGCCUGUGGCACGCCUGUCGAGCCCUGAUCCUGGGUCUCACUCUGAUGCUCCUCGGCGCCGGCAUGGCCACUUUGGGCUACUACGCGGAUCACCUUUCGAUGGGUUCCGAAUUGCGUGGGAAUGUCACGGUGCGGGUGAAGAACGACCUCAAGGGCUUCCAUCUGAACAACUUCGCGUAUGUGGGCCCCAUUGUCAUGGGUUUCGGAGGCUUCAUUGUGGUGGCCUCCUGCGUGAUGACCUUCGAGGCACGGGACUCCGCCGCUAAGGUCGUUCCAGCACGGUUGAGAGCUGGAGGAGGCGGCAGCAGCAAGAAUCCCUCGCGGAGCAACCAAGGAAGCUCCGCGUCACAGCGUCGCGGGAUGGGUGCCCAGUACCAGUCGAGUCGUUGGGAUCAGCACUUCGGUGUGUUCCGCUCCUCGCCGGGCGAUCCUCACCAGCAGCCGCAGACCGCCUGCAUCUCCACCACACAUCCGCAUCAGCAUUCGCAUCCGCAGCAGCCAUUCGAUCGCGAGGCACUCACCGCCGAACUGGUCCAGUUCUCCAGGUCACUCAGUGCAUCCAAUCGCUUUUGUCCCCAGUGGCGCCGCCUUUCGGGGGCUGGUUCCGCUCCGGAUUUGUCCGGAUCCCAUGCUCAUGCUAAUACCACCAACUCCACCAAUGCCACAAACCACCAAAACCCAACCACCACAGUCACCACUAAUUACUACAAUUUGCUCUCACUGAAUCGAUUGUCGCCGUUGGAUUGGGAACUGUAUUGCUCGCACCGCCGUCACCGUCGUCACCAUCACCGCCACUCGCACCACCACCACCACCACCACCACAAAUCCUCAAGCAGCAGUGUGCGGCGGGUGCGCCCAGUGCGACCGGGCUUGGGAGCGGGAUCGCAACCCUCCGGUGGAGGCGGAGGAGGAGGUGGAGGAGGAGCUGGCUCCUCUUCGUCGGCCCGGAUCAUCAGCAAUUCCUCCAGCCUGAUCCAGAGGGCCACCAGGGAGUGCUCCCUGCUCCAGCCACCAGCUGCUAGUCGUGUCUACUGGCAGGCCUCCUCCUUUGACGGCGGCAGUAAUCAUCCGCCCGGAUUGGGCAUGAGUUCCGGCGCAGAGAAGCGCAGUGAGCGGAACAAGCGGUCGGACACCGCCAAGCGGCACGUUCUCUCCCGGCAACGACCCAUCGAGCAGGAGGAGGCACGGGAUCACAGUCGCAGUCCGCUGGGACACAGGCGGAACUCUACAAUGUCGGACUCCUCGUAUAGCGGCCGCUGGACGGCUCGCUGUGCCUCCAUGGCCAGUCGAACAUCCAGUAUCGAGUCUCGGCGUGUUCAAGUAGAUCUUCAUAGUCCCGAAGUGAUGCCCAAAUCCAUUCUCCGUUCGCCCAAGCGCUACAGCUCGGGUCCAUCGGCCACGCCUUCCGUGGAGAAGGAGUUUCGGAGUCAGUUAUCUGUAUGCUCGGAGCCACCGCCACCGGUGCGCCAGCUGUCGGGCCAAUCCAGCAUGGAGCCAGCCGUUCCCGAGGAGAGUCUGGAUCAGUCGGAGGAGCAGGAGGAGACGACACAGCCCAAGGCGUCCUACGAGGAGAUCACCGAACUGCAGCACCACACGAGCAGCUUGCCGCCGAAAAAGGCUCGUCCGGGAUUCCUGCCCCUCGCGCGCAGCGAGCAGGAGGAGGAUCCGAGGCCAGUGGCCAAUCCGCUAUACAGGAGCAAUAGUUCCCGCCAGUUCUACAGGCCCAAGAAAGGUGUUCCAAACGAGCGGGAUGAUUCCGUUUUCUACAUACGGUCCAUGGAAAGGGGAUUGGCUGAAAACGGUGGGUGUGGCAGUGCGGAUGAGCAGAGGUACGAUUCACUGAGGGUCAUCAACGAGAGGAGGACCACUUUGCUGAAAGCCGACUCCCAGGGCUCCUUGGGAUCUGCGGAGCGAAAGUUGAGCAGCUUCUCCCUCAAAAUGCCGGAGAUCACGGAGCGGGAGAACUCGAUUGAGAUCGAAAUAGAUGCGGAUGAGUUGCAUCCAAGUACCCCGCCUUCUCCACCCCCGCCUCCGACACAGCCGGGCAAUUCCCACACAACUGAAUCAAUCCAGGAUCAGGAUCCCUAGGAUCGAAUGGAUACACCCACUUCUUAGCGUUUAACCAGCAGCCAUCGACAAUUACUUUAGCAACUCGAUUGAUGUUUGUAUAUGUAUUUUUGUGCGUGUGCGUGUCGUUUAUUUUUAUAACCCCUAGAUCGUAUCUAGAUAAGUGUUAAACGAGUAUAUAUAUAUAUAUAUAUAUAUAUAUACCAGCAAUUAUCUCUGUGUUGCCUCGGGCCUAAGCAAUCAACUAACGAACUAACUUCAACGACGUCUAUUAACUUGAUAAACUGAUGUUAUUAAAAAUAUAACUUCAGUUGCGAUCGAAAUAAUUAUAGCAUGAAACGUAGAAGGAUUGGUGUGCAUUUUUUUUAGAUUUCCUCCAAUAGUCUCAGAUUUAUUUUCAGACAUAUUUUCCAACUGAUUAAGGUUGUUUUUAGUUCAUAUUUCAAAGAGCUGAAAAAUCAAACGAUCUUUUUGAAUCAAAAUAAAGCCUAUUCUUGGAAGCGCAGUUGGUUGGAAAACACAUAGAGAUAUUAUUUUGAUCGCAGCUGUCGUCACUAGUCUUCCUAUUGUUAGAAUAUGAGAUAUAUCACGUUAUUACGAUCCCAUAUCUGGGGCCGAAAUGUCCCGUUGGGUGUACCGUUGUUAUCAAUACUAUUUAUCGGUUAAUGUUAAUGCUAAUCUCUACGAGGAUGUGUACUCACAACGAUCUAAAUACGAGGGCGUGGCCAAAUAAAUGCCAGACUUGUGCAUACCCUGUAAAAAGUACAAUCAGCUUAUAGUAAAGACUGAUUAGGCAAAUUGAUUUACAAAAUUGGUCAAUGGCGAAUGGAAAACUAGUCAAUGAAAAGCAAUCGGAACACGGAUUAAGUUCGAUGCACAUAUAUAAUUAGUUGUACGCUCUCAGUGUUAAUCCCCACAUUACAGCAUUAUAUGUACCUAUACGAUUAUAUAUCUGAGUGUUUAUUUGUAAUCCAUGCAAUUACAAUGUUUCUCGUUCCAUAAUAGAUGUUGAAAAUCCCACAGCAAUCCGAAAAUUCAAAAUGCCCGAGUUGGUUUAAAUGGAAGGCCGAACACGAAUCUCUGUUGAUGUGCAGCGAAUUUUUGUAUAAUUGUUCAUUGCAUGUUU